GACAUUAUUUUCUUGCUGGAUGGCUCUGACAAUAGUAGAAAUGGAUUUGCAUCAGUGCGCAACUUUGUCAGUAGAAUUGUUGAAAAUCUCAUGGUGGAGGAAAACAAAGAUAGAGUUGCUGUUAUUCAAUUCAGUAAUGUGCCAGUGGCAAAUUUUUACCUAAACUCAUUUUCAAAGAAGGAAGAUGUGUUAAAUUCUAUAAGAAGUCUAAGACACAAAGGGGGAAGACCCCUGAACACUGGGGCAGCGCUCCAGUUUGUUAAGGACAAUGUGUUAAUUUCUUCUUCUGGGAGCAGACGUCUGGAGGGUGUUCCUCAGCUGCUGAUUUUGCUGAGUGGUGGGAGGUCCAGAGAUAAUAUUAUUUCACCAGCUUCUGCACUUAAAGAGCUUGGAGUUUUCACCUUCGCAAUUGGUGCAAGAGGCUCUGACAGUAGAGAGUUGGAGAAGAUAACCCAUGAUCCUUGGCGUGCUCUUUCGGUGUCAGCAUUCACUGAACUUCCAAAUAUCCACGAACAACUACUCUCCUCAAUAGAGACAGUAGUGGUGCAUAUCACAACAGAAGCACCGACCGUUAUAGUCGGUGACAAGGCCAGAAAGGAUGUUGUGUUCCUAUUGGAUGGCUCUGAUGGCACUAGAAACGGAUUCCCAGCAAUGCGAGACUUUGUUCAAAGGGUAGUGGAGAAACUGAAUGUGGAGGAGAACAAAGACAGAGUUUCUGUGGUCCAGUACAGCAGAGAUCCAGAGGCUCAUUUCUAUCUGAACACACACUCAACAAAGGGCGAUGUCACCGAUAGCAUAAGAAACCUCAGACACAAAGGAGGAAGGCCCCUCAACACUGGGGCAGCUCUCCAGUUUGUUAAGGACAAUGUGUUUACCGCAUCUGCUGGGAGCAGACGCCUGGAAGGUGUUCCUCAGCUACUGAUUUUGCUGAGUGGCGGAAGGUCCUACGAUAAUGUCGAUUCGCCAGCGUCUGCACUGAAAGAGCUUGGAGUUUUGACCUUUGCAAUUGGGACAAGAGGCUCUGACAGUAGAGAGUUGCAGAAGAUAUCCCAUGAUCCUAGUCAUGCUCUUUCAGUGUCAGAAUUCACUGACCUUCCCAGUGUCCAAGAGCAGCUUUUUACUUCCGUGGACACGGUAGUGGUCCGUAUGACAACUGAAGCUCCUACCGUUAUAGGUAUGUCAGUUCUUUCAUGUGCCAUACUGUAAUUAUUUAAUUUCAUUACUUGAUUA